CUAACUCGCUUCUCCUUUGUUUACACACACAAAUAAUAUAGAUUAAUGUGAUCAAAGAAAGCGACAUUGUCAGCUUUAGAGCAAUCUUGAUUAGACACCAGUUGCAACCGUUAUACACAUGGAAGUGGGUACCGUUAGCCAAAUUCGCAAGGCCGGAGAUGCCUACAAAGUGGCAAUAGAUACCGGGAUAUACAAGAAAUCAUGCCCAAUCUACAUACUUUUAGUAAAAGCCAUGAUGGGAGGCUACUUCGCUGCCCUUGGAGGACACGCAGCUAUGGUACUGGCAUCGUACUACUAUAUGGAUGGACACCACGGAGGAGCAAAAUUAGCAUUUGGCGUCAUAUUCUCAGGAGCACUCUUAUGUAUCGUAUUCACUGGUACCGACCUAGUCACAAGCAAUUGUAUGAACUUUGCCUUCCUUGCAUAUAGCAGGCAGGUCACUUUGUUCCAGUAUCUAACCAGAAUGGGAACCUCCCUCCUGGGAAACUAUUGUGGCGCCAUCCUGGGAGCAGCAUUGCUAACAGCAGGUACCGGAUACUUCUCACUCGACAAGAGACCGGAAGCAUAUCUAAAGGCCAUAUAUGACGCCAAAACUGCACUACCAUUCUGGAGAACAAUGCUCAGUGCUAUAGGUUGCAACAGCUACGUCUGUAUGGCCGUAUGGUGUUGCUAUGUCGCCAUGGACUCAGCAGGAUGCGUUCUAGCUGUAAUGAUACUCAUCACCAGUUUCGCCGUAGCUGGGUUCGAACACAUUGUCGCCAACUUCUACACACUACACGCAGCGCUAUUCUCAUGCGAAGGAACAUCCGUAGGAGUGGUAUACGGACGCAACCUUGCGCCUACUCUGUUAGGUAACUACAUUGGAGGGUCGUUGAUCAUUGCUCUGCCAUUGUGGCUAUUCUACGGUUUCAAACCAAAAGCCACGCAGAACCUAAAUGAAACACCCGUAGUUAUCUAAGGAGCCGUGGAAUUUUAAUUAUCACUAAGGCGAUGAAUCUUACAGCAAAUGAUAUUUGAUCAACGUAG